GACCCGGAGACGCUGGCGGGGACGCCUGCCAGCUCCCGCUGCCCGCGGCUGGGCGGCCCGGAGGGAGCGCGUCCCAGGUCCCACCGGCGCCGGCGGUCCGCGCGCGCCAUGGACCGCAAGGCGGGCGGCGGCGGCGAGGAGGAGGAGGAUGACUGCGUGGACUCGGGCGCCGAGACCGGAGGGUCCGACUACAGCCACAUGUCCUCCACGAGCAGUGAGCUUUCUGUGGAGGAGGCUCAGGACCCUUUCCUGGUGAGCAUCCACAUAAUCGCAGACCCCGGGGAAUCCCGGCCCCUGCAGGAGGCCAUCGACAAGGUCUUGGCCUGGAUCCACCCCGACCUGCAGCUGUUCCGGGUCUCCGAACGCAGGGCGGCCCGGCGCCGGCGGAGGGCCCCGCGGGGGACGCAGCCCGCGCUGGCCGUGCUUCUGUUCCUGCAGGAGGACUUCGGCGAAGAGCGCAUCCUGCGGCUGCACCGCGCGCUGCGGCGGCCGCCCUGGCGCCACCACCACACGGAGCGCGUGCCCGGCAGGCUCCUGCCCUACCUGCCCGGCAGCCAGGACUUCUUCACGCUGGCGCCCGGGACGCCGCUGUGGGCCGUCCGGCCCGUGCACUACGGCCGGGAGAUCGUGCGCUUCACCGUCUACUGCCGCCACGACCACUACGCCGACAGCCUCCAGUUCUACGAGCUGGUCCUCAGGCGCAGCCCCAGCCAACGGAAGAAGGACUUCUGCAUCUUCCCCAUCUUCUCCAACCUGGAGGUGGACAUCCAGUUCUCGCUCAAGAGGCUGCCCUGCGAUCAGAGCCCGGCGCCCACGGACUGCGCCGUGCUGGAGUUCCGCGUCAGGGACCUGGGCGAGCUGGUGCCCCUGCUGCCCAACCCCUGCAGCCCCAUCAGUGAGGGCCGCUGGCAGACGGAGGACCACGACGGGAACCGGAUCCUCCUGCAGGCGCAGAGGACGCACAGGAAGUGCCCUAAGCCCAGCGGAGCCCGCCACCCCUCCGAGCAGGAGCCUGCCUGCGCGCCUUCCCCGAGCUCCUCCACGCUGAGCAGGCCCCCUGGCGGCGGCCGGCGGCCCUUCCAGGACAGCCCAUCUCUGGGGCCCAGCCAGCCAGUUCUGCCUGCGCCGCACCAGCAGGAACUGGCCGGACGAGCCGGCAGCGCCCCCGGCAAGUCCGUGUUUCAGAGGAGCAAGUCCUUGUUCUGUUUGCCCACAGAGGACCCAUCCACAGCCCGCGCGGAUGUCCCGCGGAGUCGGUCAGGCACAGGUGUCCCAGGGCACUGGGCACCAGAGUGGAGACACGGCCACCUCCUCUCCAUCGACGACUUAGAGGGGUCCCAGGAGACGGACGUGGACACGGGCCUGCAGCUGUCUUCCUCGGACCUGUCCGUGGUCUCUGCCUACUCUGCACCCAGCCGGUUCUGCGGCGCCUGGGAAACGCCCGUCCCCUCCGAGGGAGGCGGCGGCCACUGCUCAGAGCACAAAGGUGCCAGAGCAGGACCGCUGCCCACUGGGAGUGGGGUGACCACGGAGACCCCCUGGGCUUCCCUCCCUCUCUUCACCAAAGGGCCUUCGCGCUCCCUGGCGACAGGGGUUGCUGCUCCCCCAGCUUCUGGCGCCGCCUCACUCACAGGGUCGGCCUCAGAGCGCCCUGGAGGUGUUCGCAACACCCAGCGGACUGGCAGAGACUAUGCCCCGCCCCCAGCACUGGCUGGACCCGGGGACAGUGACACAGAGGAAUUUUACAUCUGAACACCCUCUACUCUGGUUCUUUCUCAGACACAGCUCGGCUUCCCCAGGUCUGUCUGGAGCCUAAUUCUCUGAUUCAUCGGGCCGUUAGCACCCCUGCCAUGCCCCCCCUUCUAGGGACUGGGUGGGAAGAUGCUGGCAUUUUUAUGCAAAUAAAUCCUCAAGCUUAAGUCGUAAAAUAUAUUUUUAGAAUACUCAAUACCACUUGAGAGAUGGUGUAGUGCGUUUAUACAAUUCAAGGGCUUCAUACAAUUAUUUGCAAUGAAAAGAAAACCUAGUCAGCCAGAGCUGAUUUGGCAGUUUUUCACGCCGCGAGGGGGGAACAGUUAAAGCCAAAAUGUCGAACGUGGGAAAGACACUGACUGCGUGAGAAAUUAAUGCACAGUAACACACUGUACAGCAGGCUGGGUCUGGCAGCCAGACCCACGUGACCAGCGCACGGCGACCCCUAGGAGUUCCCAGGCAGUGCGCGCAGCGGAAAGGGCGGCUCGCUAAAGCAGCUGGAAACACAGAUCAGCCUCCAGUCGUAGCUCAGGCCUCGCAACAUCUGCAAAUCCGGGUUUACACUGAAGUGGCUCAUGUGCUUUAUAAGCAUUUAGCACGAGUAGAGAGUUCUCCUGGUGCAUUUAAAUAACGUUUUGAGUCCCCAAAACUGGAUGGGCGUUCACCUGCUCGCAACACACGCACCAUAAUGAGUGCGGACCCAGAGAAGAUCCCUCCGCCACCUGCUUGUACUGGGCUCACUGAGGAGUGGUCGCUCACUGAGAUUCCAGAAUGAUGCGGGAUUUAGACAGCAUGGAGAGGUGGUCUUAGGGUUCUUCAGUUUUAAAACCUGCAAUCGAAGGGCUGUGUAUGUUUCAUCGAUAUAAGUGGCAGGAGCCACAUUUGAUACUGCUUUCUCCAGUAAACAGGCGUGGCCACCCUGCCUUUUUCACUUUUCAAGACUGUGUAACAUUGUAACCAGCGUUUUGGUGGCAAUAAAUGUCCCUUCUGCGAACGGGAUGCUGGGCACGAGAUGCUCCCUGCACACACACCACCGGGGUGCUGGCCUUGCACCAGUGCGCAGGCGCAGGCGCCGUCCCUGAAGCCCGAGCUUCCUCCCAGCCUGGGGCCUUCCGGCCCGUAGCCUGCCUCAGUCACAGUGUGAGUGGCGGUUCAGCCUCGCCUCUCCCCGACUCCAGCAGGGUGUGUAACAGUCCCACCCUCCGCAAUGCCCACGGCAGCCUGCGGGGGCAAUACCCAGCCAUCCCGGUGGCUGUUACCUCUGGGGAAGAGUGUGUAUUUGCCUUGCUCGUUUCAGAUCCGGUGCUCCUUGUUGCUCCUUGGUGCUCUUUGAUGCUCCUUGGUGCUCCUUGCCCAUAUUACUCACAGCCCAUCUGCACCUCUCAGGAAGUGCCCACCCAGCCCAGGCACAGCCUCGGAACCCUCCCCGCACGGCCCUCCAGGGAGCCGUUUCCAAGCCUCGGACUCACACCGAAGCCUCCGUCUUGGCCAGCCCUGCCAAUGAAAGCCUUAGAUCUUGCCCCAAACACCCUGGAUUCCAAAUUACAAUAGUCCAGUCCAGUUUAAAUAAAUAAAAACAUGCAAUUCCAGAGGUGAGCAAACUUUUUCUGUAAAGGGCUAGAUAAUAAAUAUCGAAGCUUUGCCACCCUGAUGGUCUCUAUGGUAACUACUCAACGCUGUCAUGAUCACAGGAGAGCAGCCGUGGACAAUAGUAAAGGAGUGGGAGUGGCUGAGUUCCAAUAAAACUUUAUUUACAAGAGCAGGAGGAGGGCCUGAUUGGGCUCAAGAGUUGCAGUGUGCCAAUGCUCCGGCUAGAUCGAGGCUGGUUUAAGACUCCAGCCACAGUCCGAGACAGAGAAUCCAGGUCUGCGGCCCCUGCCCCUGUGGUGCAUGAGGCCAAGACGGCUGUGGGCUCCUCAGGUCGUGCCAGUGACUCCAGACCCCGCAGGGAGGGGCUUCCUUCUGCCAAGAGGACCCCUGGAAGGCCACUAGCUGCCCACCUCCUGCCCAGAAACGGACUCACCAUCAGUGACUGUGAGGAACAGCAAGAGGCCCACGUGAGAGAGGAGGAAAGAAAUAACGUGGGGACGAUAGCUCGGCCUCCAAGGGCCAGGAGUGGGGGGCAUGCACGGGAGCAGCAAAACUCCACGAGGCAGAAACGAGCGGACCAGCUGCCGAGGGAUGGCCCCUCCCAUCGUCACUCUCAAUCAGCGGCUUAGUUCAGUGUCCUGGGGUGGACCCCUAGAGCUGCCUUACAGCCCACCUCCGGGCGCACCUAGAACUGCUCUCUGGUCCCACCCUUCUUCAGAGGCCCACCCUCAGCUGACCCCGAAGGACGUCAGCAGCACCCAGCAGAAGCAGAAAACGCAAGGUGCCCCGUAACCCAGAGGGAAGGGAAGCCCAGCACACACC